UCGGAGGCCAGCCCCGACGAAGCUACUUCCCACGCUGGCAAGCGCUGCUUUGGUCCAUGGAGGGACGACAAUGGACGCCCGGCUGCUGGUGCUCCAGUUGAAUUUGCCUUCUGGAAGCACUACGGCAAGAUGACGCGCGACGAUGAAGCACCGCAUGUUUCUCAUUGGGCGCCCCACAAUCUGCCGCGUCCCCAGCCUGGCCUCAAGGAGCAAAAGCUCCACUACGAGGCCAAGUUGCACGACAGGAACGAGGAGAUCAAGAACUUCAAGAAGGAGGUCAAGGACCUCCUCAGAGACAAGAAGGACCUCAACAAGGUGGUCAGGGACCUCUCCAAGGACAAGAAGGACCUUAGGUCUGAUCUCGCCAAGCAAGAGGGCAAGGCCAAGCACUUCAAGCAGAUGUACUCCGGCUUGAGUGACCAAUUCAACUGGAGCCAGCAGCCUGCUCAACUGGGCCCGGCCGUGGCACAGCCGGCAUCGGUCACAGUGGCCUAUGGCCAGCAGUAUGGUGCCCCGGCUCCAUUUGCCCCAGCUCCCUUCGGCCAGCAGCAGGGCGCUUACGGCCAACAGCUCGGCGUCUACGGCCAGCCUCUUGCCCGUGACGACUGUCGCCAGGCCCGCUCUUGCUCGCCGUCCAGACGGCAGAACGACCACUACCGCGAGCGUAGCCGGUCUCGUGAUCGCUACCGCGACCGGAGCAGGUCUCCUGACCGCCGCCGUUACCGCCGCUGAACCUGGGCAUGUCAUCUGUUUGACCAGUGGGCGCUGUCCUCGCCACGAUAGACUGGUCAUGUUCCACAGGUAGCAAGAGCUUGCGGAGGAUUUUGACAGCUACCUACGGUGAUUAGCGUUGAAGGAUGGCUACUUGCGCUUGCGGAGGGUUCCUGGGGAGGGUUCAAGGCGAUGGUAGUGCUUUAAAACCUGACACUCUUUUUUCCCACUGGGUUUUUAAUGAGCUCAGGUCCUGUAUCUAGCUAGUUUCUUGGGUGUAAUGAUGAUGAUAAUCGAG